AUGGGGCAGGAUCGCCGGGCUGUUAGAUUAGCUAAUGACAGCUGUAAUGGCUGCUAUUGCCUUUGUCUCAUCGAGUGUUUACAAAAUAGCACGGACAAGGAUUGCACUAACCGGCCCACGGGGAAGCGCAGAGUGACGAGAAACCCUGGGAGCGGCAUUCCGACGGAAGGCAGGCUUGCGUUUCUCCUCCUGGGGACCUGCCCAGGAACACUGGCAAAUGCGAUGGCUCCUCCGUGGCCCUGCGUCCUGGUGGUUGCCUCAGGAAUUCUGGCUGCAGAUACCCCUCAUUCCAAGAAUUCUGCUCUACAGCAUCUCACUAAGAAGCUAUUACGGAAAUAUCACAAGGAAGUGAGGCCCGUUCACGACUGGACUGAAGCUACCACUGUCUACCUGGACCUCUUUGUGCAUGCUGUAUUGGAUGUGGAUACACAGAAUCAAAAGUUAAAGACAAGCAUAUGGUACCGUGAGGUUUGGGAUGAUGAGUUUUUAUCCUGGAACUCCAGUAUGUUUGAUGAAAUUAGAGAGAUCUCCCUACCUCUGCGUGCCAUCUGGGCCCCUGAUAUCAUCAUUAAUGAGUUUGUGGACAUUGAAAGAUCCCCUGACCUUCCCUAUGUGUAUGUGAACUCAUCUGGGACCAUUAGGAACUCUAAGCCCAUUCAGGUGGUUUCUGCAUGUGAUUUAGAGACGUAUGCUUUUCCGUUUGAUAUCCAGAAUUGCAGCCUAACCUUCCACAGUAUCCUGCACACAGUGGAAGAUGUAGACCUGGCCUUUCUGAGGAGCAGAGAAGACAUCAAGCAGGACAAAAAGGCAUUUCUGAAUGACAGCGAGUGGGAACUUCUUUCUGUGUCCUCAACCUACAGCAUCCUACACAACAGCGCUGGAGAUUUCGCACAGAUUCGAUUUGAUGUGGUGAUCCGCAGGCGCCCACUGGUCUACGUGGUGAGCCUGCUGAUCCCCAGCAUUUUCCUGAUGCUGGUGGACCUGGGGAGCUUCUACCUGCCUCUCAACUGCCGUGCGAGGAUUGUGUUCAAGACCAGCGUGCUGGUGGGCUACACCGUCUUCAGGGUCAACAUGUCUAAUGAGGUGCCGAGGAGCUCAGGGAGCACUCCUCUGAUUGGGGUCUUCUUCACAGUCUGCAUGGCCUUCUUGGUUCUCAGCUUAUCCAAGUCUAUCCUGGUGGUCAGAUUCCUUCAUGAUGAGCGGCACAGUGGGCGGGAACGGCCUCUCUUGUGCCUUCAUGGGGACGCCAAAGCUGACCGGCCUGGAAUGGAUCCCAGGGCUCAGCGUGAUGGGGUCACAGAGUCCCCAACCUAUCAAGAGCACCAGGCCCAGCCAGGGAGCUUGAAGGAAAUCUGGUUCCAGCUUCGAUCUAUCAACAACCACCUCCGAAGUCAGGACCAGAUAAACCAACAGGAGGCUGAGUGGCUGGGCCUCCUGUACCGCUUACUCUUCCGAAGCUACCUCGUCAUGCUGGGGAUCUAUACGGUCACUCUGUGCUCCCUCUGGGUGCUGUGGAGUGGCUUCUGA